CGCCGUUCGCCUGGAAACCACCACCGUUCGAUAGCAAAACUACGCUACACAGCUACCCUACCCUCGCCGACCCUCCCCCCGCCCUCCCGCGCCCGCAAUUCGCCCUUUGAUCCCGUUCGGCAAUUGCCGAAAACGCACUCUUUCGCGCCGCCCCCAGAGUCCAUCCCCCCUCCGCGCGUCGCGAGCGCAGCGAGCGCUUAAGCUCUGGCCUAUGCACACCCAAAUACCUCUACUUUGGCUCUCACAGCAAUGCCCUCCCCUCCCCUCCUCUCCCCCUCCCUUCUCCUCCUCCUUCCCCCUCCCGCCCCUCCUGCCCCCGAGUUGCGUGGGGUCCGAGGGGCGGGCGGGGAAGGGGAGGGUCAGCGCGACUCGGUGUAGAAUACGAACACUUACCGCGCUCGCGCGGGGACCUCCCGCGAUUUCUGACGCCCAAAUCGUCGAAAAUGCGCGGUACACGGACUUGCUGGUCCCGGCCCGGUGAUGAAGGAGGGGAGGGUGCGAGUACGUCCGACUGCCCCGCGCUCGCGCGGGGAGCUCCAGGCGAUUUUGGUGACGGAAACCCCCAAUUCUGCGCUCGUGCAAUGCCGCGGGACACUGGUAAGCUUAUCAACGACAGCGGGAGUGAACAGAAAACUCACGUCGCGCUUGCUCGCACGAUCGCGCGCAUUACUGCUGGCCGGGAGGACGUCGGUGGCGCUCUUCCUGUCGAUCAGGCUCAUCCGGCUCGUCUCGAAGCGCUCGAUAGCGGGUGGGAUGGGUACGCUGUAGUACUCGAUGUAUGGCUCGACUUGAUGAAUACAGGCCUUGCUCGACUCGAACGUGCGUGCUCGGCGAAUCUGUACGGCUCUGGCUCGUGCCACGCCGGAAUGAUCCCAUCUGCCCCGGCUCCUUUGCUCUCGCGCGCUUCUCUCGGGCUCCGUCGACACUCGCUGGCGCUCCUCUUGGCCUUGUAUCGCCGUGACUGUCCUGCUCGCUCGGGCUUCAGGGCAACCCUCGGCUCCUCCUUGCUCGCUCCCGUGCUCUCGAACACGCCCCGCCUCGCUUGCACUGGUGUCGUUGCAUCUCGCCCCUUGUGAACAAGUUGCUGACCUCCACCUCAGGUAGCUGGUCUCAGGGCAAGAGCAAGGAAGCGUAGACAC